AUGCAGACUAUGGACGUCUUUGCGAGGGCGGUGGCCGGUGACGGGGAUGGCGCCUUUGGACCGACGCUCAACGGCUUCUUCGACUUUACCCUGUCCUUUGAGCACUCCAUCCUCGCCAUCCUGCCCACGUCCGUCUUCAUCGUCCUCACGCCAGUCCACGUAAACCACCUCUGGCGCCGGCAGCCAUGCGUCAAACCAGGAGUCUUGCUGUGGCUCAAGAUGCUCAGCACGCUGCUGUUACUUUCCUGUCAGGUUGCCAGCCUUGCUCUUUGGGCCGUUUCUUCGACCCCGCGCCGCGACUUGGCCGUCGCAUCCGCCGCCGUCACUUGUGUUGGUUCCAUAUGCAUCUUCUUUCUGCUAUACGCCGAGCACAUCUACUCGUAUAGACCCUCAACCCUCCUGAGCGUCUAUCUAACCCUCAUGAUCUUGUUUGAUAUUGCCAAGACACGAUCAUAUUUCCUUCGCGGCGACCUCGAUGCGCUUGCCGGUCUCUCUGUCGCCGUCGUCGUCAUUGAAUUCGUUCUGCUGCUCUUCCAAGAAGUCUCCAAGCGCCGUCUCGUCACAACUCGAAACUCGCAACCCCGACUCAGCGGCGAAGCCCUUAGCGGUUUCUGGGGCCGAGCUCUCUUCCUAUGGGUCAACUCGACGCUGAAGCUGGGUUUUCGUUCCAUUCUGCGCGUUGAAGACCUCAAGGACCUCGGCCCUGAAUUCAGCUCCGAGCGCCUCCACGCCGACUUUGAGCCCCAUUGGCAAGCCGCGAGCCCAACCUCGAAUCACUCUCUCGCCAACGCGCUCCUUCGCACACUCUAUCCCGAAUUUCUGCGCGUCGUCAUCCCCCGCCUUUGCUUCCUCGGCUUCACCUUUUCCCAACCCUGGCUCAUCAUGUCUGUCAUUGACACCGUCGUCAACGGCAAUCCGGGUUCCGAAGUCUCCGGUGGCCUCAUCGGCGCCACCACCUUGAUCUACAUUGGUAUUGCCAUAAGCAGGGGAUACUACAAGCACCACGCCUACCGCUCCGCCACCUUGACCCGCGGCAUACUCGUCACUGCCAUCUUGCACAAGGCUCUCAAGCUUAGCCACGCAACGCUGAAAAAGUCGGCUGCCUUGACUCUCAUGACUGCCGAUAUCGAAACGUUGACCUUUACCAUCACCACCUUUCAUGACCUGUGGGCCAGCGCUUUCGAGCUUGCCCUUGCCAUUUUCAUGCUGGCCAAGAUUAUCGGUGGCGCGUCUUUCUUUGUUCUGAUACCCGCCAUACUCUCCGCCAUGGUCUCGUCCUACUACACCAAGAAGCUUGGCGUCGCACGCAAGACCUGGAACGAAAAGAUUGAAAAGAGAGUCGGCGAGACCAAGGAUGUCAUCACCCAGCUCAAGGCCAUCAAGAUGAGCGGUCUCGCACCAUUCUAUGCCAACCACAUUCAGGCUCUUCGCGAAGACGAAAUCAAGACUUCACUCCCUGAGCGUAGUGUCCGUGUUGGUCUACUGUCUGCCGGUGCCUUGUCUGAUGCCAUCACCCCGGUUCUUGUUGUCGCUGGAGCUCUCUUUUGGACCAGAGAAACCGAGAAGCUCACCAGCGCACAGUUCUUUACAGUUCUAUCCAUCGUUGCUGUCGUUGUCAGUCCGAUGACGCACCUGCUUACGUAUUUGCCUUUUGCCAUUGGUGGCUACGCUGGACUGACUCGAAUUCAGUCAUUCUUGCGUCUGGAAGAGCGCCUUGACAGUCGCCAAAGUGGAAACGGUCCCGCUGAAGGCUCACCCUUUGACAUGAUGAUGAUCCAGGCCGAGACUCUCAGAAGGGCCCGCGAGACGGCCGAAAAAGGACCCAGUCCGUUUGCCAUUGAGCUUGUCCAUGCAACCAUCAACCGACUCGAGAAUGCCGCAAUUCCUCUGCUCGACAACAUUAAUAUCCAAUUCCGCACAGGCCAGAUCUCCAUGAUUGUUGGGCCUGUCGGUGCCGGCAAGUCGACGCUAUGCAGGGCUAUCCUAGGCGAGCAAAAGCUUGAUCGUGGUUUUGUUCUGAUGGGAGGCAUCCGUGUUGCUUACUGCGACCAGUCGCCGUGGCUACAAAACAUGUGUAUUCGCGACUGCGUCAUUGCUCACUGCGAAUAUGUUUUGCCCUGGUACAGAUCUGUCCUCUGGGCUUGUGCUCUGGAGGAAGAUUUGGACCAGCUUCCAGACGGAGACAAGACAAUGGUUGGUAGCGGUGGUGGCCUCAUCAGUGGCGGUCAGAAACAGCGCGUCGCGUUGGCCAGAGCAAUCUACUCCCGCGCCGCCGUCAUUGUUCUCGAUGACGUCCUCAGCGCCUUGGAUUCCGAUACUGCUCAGAUCAUUCUCUUCCGCCUACUCGGCGACAAUGGCUUGCUCACUCAGACCGGCACCACGGUCAUCAUGACUACCAACAUCCGCGAGCAUCUUCCUCUCGCACACACCGUCUAUGCUCUGGACGGCCGAGGCAACGUCAAGGAGACGGUCAACAACUCUCCCGAGCUGAUUCGUAAAGAGUACUUGGUGAGCUCCCAGGAGCAGACCUCCAAAGAAGCGGAGCCCUUUGUACCCAAACCAGCAGCAGAGCCCUCCAAGGACCAGGCACACCAGCGCCAACACGGUGACUUUUCUCUAUACAUGUAUUAUUUCCGGUCCAGCGGCGUUUCUUUGAUUAUCCUCUGGGUCGUUUCCAUUUCACUUGCGGCUGUCAUCAAGGCCUUGCCUCAAAUCUAUGCCAGCUUAUGGAUGGACCAGGACCCGCAAAAUAUGAACUGGUUCUACGGCUACGCUGCCUUGGCCGCCGGCACUGCCAUAACCCUCGCGGUCAGCUUGUUCUUUUACUACUACAAGGUGGUGCCCAAGUCGUCGCGCGUUUUGCACAAGCAGCUGCUGCAGACAAUGAUGAAGGCCAAACUGCCUUUUCUCACCAAAACUGAGAGUGGUGUUCUCGUCAGCAAGUUUUCCCAGGACGUUGGGUUCCUGUCACAACAGCUGCCCCAGUACUUUCUGGAGUUUACCUACACGUCAGUUGCGUGUCUUGUCAGCAUCGGAGUCAUUGUUUCAGGAGCAACUUAUGCCGCCAUUGCAGUGCCUGCGCUGCUCGUCUUCCUUUGGCAGAUGCAGAGAUUCUAUCUUCGCACGUCUCGCCAAAUUCGCCACAUGGAUUUGGAGGCCAAGUCGCCGCUCUACACGCUGUUCCAGGAUGUUGGCGAUGGCAUUAUGCAUAUUCGUGCGUUCCAGUGGGAGUCUGAUAUCAAGUGGCAGGGAUAUGGCCUGCUGGACUACUCGCAGCGUCCCUACUACCACAUGUACGCCAUUCAGCGCUGGCUGGCGCUCGUCAUGGACUUGACUGUGGCUGGCAUCGCCAUGCUCCUGGUUGGCCUCGCCGUCAACAUGCCCGGCAAAACUACUGGAGGUGCCAUAGGUCUGUCUCUGGUGACGCUCAUCAACUUGAGCGAGAGCAUGUCGUAUCUUGUCAAGGAUUGGUCGAAUCUGGAGACCUCUCUGGGGGCCAUGGCGCGUGUGCGAGAGUUUAACAACACCACGCCGCUUGAGCCCGAGCCUGUCCUCAAGCCCGGCGAGCAGUUGCCGGACAACUGGCCAUCGCUGGGUCGCGUUGACCUCACAGGCGUCACGGCCAAGUACGAUCCGCUGGACAUGGCUGCUCGCCCUGUACUGAAGAACAUGUCGCUCAUUGUGCAGCCGCGCGAGAAGGUUGCCAUUAUCGGACGCACGGGAAGCGGCAAGUCGUCGCUUCUUCUGGCGCUCCUCAGCUUCCUGGACUACAGCGGCACCAUCCGGAUCGAUGGACGCGAUGUGCGGAGCAUUCCGCCGGACCUGCUCCGCUCCCGGAUCGUCACCGUGUCGCAGGACGAUGUGGAGCUCGCGGCCUCGGUCCGUGUUAACCUGAACCCGUACGAGUUGCAAAGCCCGCGCGACCACAUCAGCGACGACACGAUGAUUGACUACCUGACGAGGGUCAAGCUGUGGCCGCUGAUUCAGGCGCACGGCGGGCUCGACGCGCAGCUGCGGGACCUCGAGUUUUCCAAGGGCCAGAAGCAGCUGCUGUGCAUUGCGCGUGCGAUGCUCCGCCGCCAGCACACGUCGGCCAGUCUGGUCCUGGUGGACGAGGCGACGAGCAACGUGGACGAGGAGACGGACGAGGAGAUUCAGGCCGAGAUUGCGGCGGCGUUUGCGCGCUGCACGGUGCUGACGGUGACGCAUCGGAUGAGUGCGGUGCACCAUGCCGAUGUCAUUGUGGAGAUGGAGAAUGGAAAUUUGAAUCGGGUCAUAACCCGUCGCGCGCCGCGCGAUGAUGAGGCGUUUUGA